CCAGAUAAAACGUUAAAGUAAUUUCAUAGUUUCAUGUUUAAUAUAAAACCAUGUUAGGCUUAUUUUGUGUGUUUCAAGUUAUGUGGAAUACUUUUUUUGCACAAAAACAGCAUUUUUUUCCGUUAAGCCAAUACAUGAAUAUCAGCAACAUUGACAACAUUGAUCAAUUUCUUUGCCAGAAGCAAAGCUUAUCUUUCAAACUCUGCAACUGUAAUGAAAAUUGCUUUGAGUCAAGAACUUGCUGCAUUGAUAAGUUGUGGAAUAAUACUAAUCCUAUACCGUUGAAUGCCUACCUAGCUAUGUUUGUAAAUAAAACAAAAUCUUUUAAAGAUAUGGUAUGCGAGAAAGUUUUAGAGCCUGCCGUGAAGUUUACAAACAAAAUUGAGGAAGUUUUAAUGGUACAUUCUUGCAAUAAUUCUGCUAAAACGAUACAUAUUAACAAGUGCAUAAAGAACAACACCGCAUCGAAUCUUGGAAACGUCCCCGUUAUAGGAUCUGAUAACACAAUAUAUAGAAAUGCUGCUUGCGCUUUUUGUAACUUUGUCGUACCUUACCCCGUUAAGUUUUUAUUUGAAUGCCGGAACGAAAUUAAAAGUGCACAAGAAAAUGUAACCAUUUUUCAAACAUAUGAAACUGAUGGAGUGCAAGAGAUUCUUAAAAACUACAAAAAUUGCAAUGUAUCGUUAUAUAGAAAGAAUGCACAUGUUAUCAAUUGCUCUUCUCAUAGCUAUUUGAAUGACAGAACGUGUCCGAAAAGUAAUAAAUACUACGAUUUAUGCCAUGCGUACUACGGAUUAUAUAGGAACUACAGAAACUACGAUUGCUAUAAAUGUAACAACGAAAUUAAAAUUAAGAAAACACCGAUAAAAAAUAUAAAUAACUCGCAAAACGAUUAUAAUUUUACAAAUAGUACAAACUCAUUUAUUGUACCAAAGGCAAUGAAAUUUAGUGACACUUUAAAGAUAAACGAAAUCCAAAGCUGUGAAAAUAAAUUUAUAUAUAAUCCCUCGACCAGUAAAUGCGAGCCAAUUAUUUGCAACUAUGGAUUCUCGGCAGCCGGUUCUGGAUGUGUAAAAAAUAAAAAUUACUUACAAAGAUAUGAUACAGAAAACGCAAAUUUUCAAAACUGUCUGCUGAACCCAAAAGCAGGUUUUUUUUGGCUUUUUAAUGGUUUUAUAGACACAAAAACCAUUAAAUAUAAUUUCCGUGAGAUAUCUGGAGCUCAAAUACAGUAUCAGAAUUUAACAAACAAAACUUUACUCAAAUGGCUCACAACACUAAACUUAACGUUUUUAAAUGGACUCACUAAAAAAAAUUUUAGUUUUCUAAACUCGGAUUCUCUUUUUAUUACAUCAAUUUACGAUCAGGUAAUGACUGAGUUGUAUAAAUUCGAUGUUUCUAGAAGUUUUACAAAGAACAAAAUAUGUGCAGAACCUCAGGUGUUUGUUCUCGACGUCAACGCCAACUUUUCCAGCUUAUGCGAUUAUGUAACUGUAAAUAAAACCAUAAGAAAUCGUGAUUUUGUUAUGUGGAUAGAAGUAAAUUAUCUGGGAACUGUAAAAAUGAUGAGUACGUGUAACCUUUUUCAUUUACAAUCUGAUUGCGCACUUCGAAUUCUGAUAGAUAACUAUGUUAUAGUUAAUCAAACUUUAAUUUAUAGCUAUUUAAACACCGAAUACAAAUUUAGUUUCGACCAAUUUAUACCUUUUGCUAAAGGUGUUGGAGUGUGCGAAUCGACAUUCUUUGCGCUUAAAAAACAAAGUACUUUAAAAGCAUUUGUAAAUCUUAUGUUCCCAUUUUUAACGUUUGUUAGUAUUGCGUGCUAUCUUUUCGUAUUUGCAACGUACACUUAUUUUAAGGAAUUAAGAAUAAUUUCAAACUUUAAUUCAAUAACUUUAUGCGUUUAUUUAUUACUUUCUGAUUGCACUUUGUUACUUUCUGAAUAUUUCAGUAAAAAGAAUAUGUUUUGUAAAAUUGCUUCUGUAAUUUUACACUGGAGUUUUUUGGCAGGUUAUAGCUUGGUUCUAUGCAUGGCUGUAGAAUUGGCUACUACAUUUUCUAGCGUAGCUUCAAAGUCUUUGAACCAAUGGAAGGUUUUUAAAAUCAAUAUAUUUGUUUCUCUAUUAAUUCCAACUAUAAUUGUUUUAAUAAAUUUAUCACUUGAGUACACUGGUACAACAUACAUCGGCUAUGGGAAUGAUGGCAAUUGCUGGAUUGAUGGAUUUUACGCAAAGCUUUUUUCAUACAUUCUUCCACUGUCCGUGUUUACACUUUCUUCGAUACUUUGUUUGUGCAUCACAAUUUAUAAAAUAGAAAAACUUGAAAAAAGUGCCAAAAAGACAUUAGGUGAUGGAAAAAUGUCACGUGUCAAUUUACCUUUAGUUGCUAUGAAACUAACAUUAAUACUUGGUGUAACUGAUGCUUUGGGUUUUAUUCAAAUCACAAAGCCGUAUUUAACUAAAUGGGAAACUGAAUUCAACUAUGUGUUUUUCGUUCUUUACAACUGUAGUCGAUCAUCAAAAGGAAUUAUGUUAUUUAUUGUUUACAUUUGCAGAAAAAAGGUUAUUCAACUCUUCAAAAUAAGUUUUGCUCGAUUAACCAAUCGCAUACAACAAAAAACAAUUUACGAAUUAAACUCUUAUGUGAAACAAACAUCGUCAUUUAAAUAAUAGUCAUCAAUAACUUUUAAUUAUGUGUGUGUAAUUGCUUGCUUAAUUACAAGCUAGAAACAAUUGAACUUGGAAUUAGCUAUAAAAGUUAUCGAGAUGUGAGAAGAGACAUUUACAAUACUGUUUUAAAAAUUAAAGAUAAAAUACAUUUUUUUAAAUUCUAAUUUAAGCAUCAUCUUACGUUUUUGUAUA